AUGACUCGCUCGUUUCUCUUACAGCGCCUACAGACGCUCACCAAUCAGCAAACUUCCAGCCAGCCGCCAAGCAGACCGCCUGACCUGCCGGCGGAAGCCGCGCAGAGGGCGGAGGCUGCACGCGCAGGCGGCGACUCGACAGCAGCGCAACGAAAGGGAGCAGCCGCAGCAGGGAGGGUUUCUGGGGAAGCGGAGGAGCAGCGCGGUGGCGUGCGCACUUACGAGCCUGCUGUGCCGGGCACUGGGUCCACAGGCAGAGGCAGUGCCAUGCUCGCAGACACAGGCACGGGCACGGCCACAGGCACGGGAACAGGCAUGGGUACAGGCACGGGCACAGGUACGGGCACGGGCACGGGCACAGGCACAGGCCCGGCCACGGGCACAGGCACAGGCACGGGCAUAGGCACGGGCACAGGCACGGGCACAGGCACGGGCACAGGCACGGGCACAGGCACGGGCACGGGCGCAGGCACUGGCACAGGCAGGGAUUUGCGUGAGCGGUGGGAGCAGGCAUUGCAGAUCGGCAAGGGGCGGGCGAUUUGGGACGACGAGCAGACGACAGCCCUGCUGGGGAUCUUGCGGGAUGUGCUGCGCGCUGAGGGCUCCGCCCUCUCCGGCAGGAUCGACUGGGGGGCGGUGCACCGCGAGUGGUUGCGGCGAGGAUUCCCGCGGUAUUCGGGGGAGCAGCUGCGAAUGCGGUGCAAAGUUGUGCGCGGGUGGGUGAAGGACAUUCAGGUGCUUCAGGAGCUGCUGCCGCCUGAAGUCGCCUGGGACCCCACCACUCAGUGCUUCAACCCCGACCCCGAGCUGGGCAUCAUCCCGCGGCUGAAGCAGCAUGGGCAGUGGAAGCACUACAGGCGGUGGCGCAAGCACACGGCGCCCUGGCUGCCCCUCGCUCUGCUCACCGCCCACACUUGCCCUGCUGAGGCACCACUGUGGGACGAGGAGGAGUGGGAGGAGGAGGACGAGAAGGAGGAGGAGGAUUGGGAAGAGGGUGAGGGAGGGGAGGAGGAUGGGGAAGAGGAGGAUGAAGUGGUGGAGGUGGAGGAUGGGGGGGAGGGGAAUGGGGAGGCGGAGGAGGAGGAGGAAGUUGAGGAGACAGAGGGGCAGUGGAGAGAGAGCGGUGGAGUGGUGGAGAGUGGGAUGGUGAUGAGUGGUGGGGGGCGAGCAGGGGGGGUGCGGGGCAACAGGCAGGGCAGGGAGGGGAUAGCUGGGGUUGGCAGAGCUGGGGUUGGCAGAGCUGGGGUUGGAGAGGAGGAUGGUGGGUUAGGCUGUACAGUUGACGCACCGCGGGCCAAUGGCGCUCCUCGUGGUGAGAUCGCACGUCGCAAUGUAACAUUUGCUGACAGUGCUCGUGCUGACGAGGCUCGUGCUGAUGGGACAGGGGGUGCAAGCGCGGAUGAGAGGGACGAGUACCCUGCGAGGCUGGCAGCGCGGAUCGCUGGCAUGGUGGCGAGCAGGAGGGAGCAAGGCGGCACAGAGAGGCGAGGGGUUGAGGGCGAGGGAGGAGGGGGUGGGGAUGGAGGAGGUGGAGGAGGGAAUGCAAAUGCAUGGCGCGUGGGUGGGGCUCGAGAGGGUCGGAAUGGGGUGGGGGAGAGGCGGGAAGGGGGGCGUGGGGAGGAGGGGAGAGCAGGGAGGGGUGUGAAGCGGUCGAGGCCGGUGUGGGUGCAGGUGAGGGAGAGGAAGCGGCAGCGGCGGGUGAUGGAGAGUGUGGCGCGUGCCCUGAUUGUGUUCAGAGGCAAGGCCAAGAAGGGGCAGGAGCACGUGUACCGAGCUGCAGACGCGGUGGCGGACAGCCCAUAUUAUGCUGCCCUCCCGGCCAUGUUAACUCUCCUCCGUACCCUCACCUGCAGACACGACCCGGUGGCAGACAGUGUGGUGAGGGCAGUGCAGGCAGUGCAAGCCCUGCCCUCUCUCACGGACGCGCAGCGCGUGGCGGCCAUCGAUGCCUUCCUGCAGCGCCCCCUCGACGCCCACGCCUUCCAGGCCAUGAGCCCCGCCCUGCAGACCCUCUUUGCUCUGCGCGCGCACACCCAGGCUGUUGACCAGCAGCUGGCUGGGAUUCAAGCUGCCGCUGCUGCUGGAGUGGAUUCGCCCCUGACGGACCAGCUCCUUGCCCCUCUGCAGGGCAUGGCUGCUGGUGUUGGGGUGGCGAGGGGGGGAGUGGCGAGCGGAGCGGGGAUGGGGGGGUUGGGUGGGGUGGGGGGUGUGGCGGGGAUGGGCGCAGGGGGGGCGGGAUUUGGGGGGAACGGGGUGGGGGGGAUGGCGACAACGGGUGUGGGAGCAGCAGGGAUGGGAACAGCAGGGAUGGGAACAGCAGGGAUGGGAACAGCAGGGAUGGGAACAGCAGGGGUGGGAACAGCAGGGAUGGGAACAGCAGGGAUGGGAACAGCAGGGAUGGGAACAGCAGGGGUGGGAACAGCAGGGAUGGGAACAGCAGGGGUGGGAACAGCAGGGGUGGGAACAGCAGGGGUGGGAACAGCAGGGGUGGGAACAGCAGGGGUGGGAACAGCAGGGAUGGGAACAGCAGGGGUGGGAACAGCAGGGGUGGGAACAGCAGGGGUGGGAACAGCAGGGGUGGGAACAGCAGGGGUGGGAACAGCAGGGGUGGGAACAGCAGGGGUGGGAACAGCAGGGGUGGGAACAGCAGGGGUGGGAACAGCAGGGGCGGGAGUGAGAAGCAUGUGGAUGGCUGAAACUCGUAGAGGGGGAAUGGGAUCGGGGAUACCGCGGAUGGGGGAAUCAGGGUUCGGUUGGAGGGGUUUGGGAACGGUAGGCGAAACGGGAGCGGCGAUGGCAGAAGGUGGGAGUGUGGGUGUGGGAAUGGCAGCAGCAGCAGUAGCAGCGGCCUCAGCAGGAGGAGCGAGGGGUGUACAGGGUGUGGACGGGGGAGGAGGAGGAGGACGGGGGGUGGGAGGAGGUGGAGGGGUAGGAGGGGCAGAGGGGGUAGGAGAAGCACCUGGGGCAGCAGGAGCAGGUGGGGCAGCAGGAGCAGGUGGGGCAGCAGGAGCAGGUGGGGCAGCAGGAGCAGGUGGGGGUGCAGGAGCAGCUGGGUUGGGUGGCACGAGUGCGUUGGGCGGCACAGGUGGGUUGGGCGGCACACAAGGGGCGGGCAGCACGGCAGGGCUGCAGCUGCUGGGGCAUCGCGUGCAGGAGUUUCUGCGACAGAACCUGGGAGCAGUCAACGCCAGUCAAGGGGCAGUCAACGCAUGUCAAGGCGGGGUGGGUGGCACUCCAGUGGUGGUCAAUGGGCGUCAAUGCGAGUGCCCUGAGUGUGUGGCUGCUAGAAUGCGUCAAGGGGCAGUCAACGCAAGUCAACAGAUGGCCCAGGCAGUGAAUGCUGGUCAAGGGGCAGUCAAUGCUGGUCAAGAGGGGGUGGCUGCCACUCCAGUGAUGGUCAAUGAGCAUCAAUGCGAGUGCCCUGAGUGUGUGGCUGCUAAAUUGGCGGCCAGUAUACGGCAAAGGGCUGUCAAUGGGAGUCAACCGGUGGUCAAUGCAGAUCCGAUGAGGGGAGUGGCAGCGAAUCAGGCGGAGACAGCUAUCGACCAAUUAGGGUUCGGUGCGGGUCGUGUGGGGACGGCUGCAGUGCUACAGACAAGAAAUGCUGGUCCAGCACCAGUCAACACUGGUCAGGCAUCAGUCAACGCUGGUCAAGAAACAAGAAUUGCCGGUCAAGGAGCAGUCAAUGCAGGUCAAGGGGUGGUCAAUGCAGGUGAAGGUGUGGGGUUGAGUAGUGAGGAAGAGUUGCUUUCAGGUGAGAAUCUGAGUGCUGGAUGGGAUACGAGUGAGGGCGAGGAGUUGAGUGAGGGCGAGGAGUUGAGUGAGGGCGAGGAGUUGAGUGAGGGCGAGGAGUUGAGUGAGGGCGAGGAGUUGAGUGAGGGAAGGGGAAUCGUGUGUGUGAGGGACAAUGGAGCUAUUGCGUAUGAAGCGGGAGCACUUGAGAAUGAGGGAUUGUGGCAUGUCUGA